UUACGUCGGCUGUGCGUCAUCAGUCCGCGCCAAGGGCGCGUUUGGCCCCUUCCGUUCAGGGAGCGGUUGCCCUGCAGUCGCGGCGAUGAGCUACGCCGGGGCGACGGCGGCUCGCUCCCUGCGGCGGCUGCACGCGGGCGGCCCGCAGGCCCUCUCAGCUUAUGGAAGAAGAGUCAGUGUCAGAUUUUGCAGCUCAGGAAUGACCUUAGACAACAUCAACUGGGCAGCCGUGGACCGAAUAAUCCGGGUGGACCAUGCGGGUGAAUAUGGAGCGAACCGCAUCUAUGCAGGGCAGAUGGCCGUCCUGGGUCGGACGAGCGUCGGACCGGUCAUUCAGAAAAUGUGGGAUCAAGAAAAGGACCACUUGAAAAAGUUCAAUGAGUUGAUGGUUGCAUUCAGGGUGCGGCCGACCGUUCUGAUGCCCUUUUGGAACGUGGUGGGGUUUGCGCUGGGCGCAGGAACCGCCCUGCUGGGGAAGGCGGGUGCGAUGGCCUGCACCGUGGCCGUGGAGGAGUCCAUUGCACAUCACUACAACAACCAGAUCAGGACGCUGAUGGAGGAGGAGCCUGAAAAAUACCAGGAGCUUCUUCAGGUGAUACGGAAGUUUCGGGACGAAGAGCUUGAGCACCAUGACAUAGGCCUGGAACACGACGCAGAACUGAUCUCAUUACUUAUCCAGAGAGGUCCCAGCCCUGCCCGGCCAGGCCUGUGUCUUACAACUGAAGGGGUGAUGAAUAUUCUAGAACUAGAUGGUGGUGAUGGUUGUGUAACCUGUGAAUAUAUGAAAAUCCACUGAAUUGUAGACUUUACAAUGCUCUGACCUUUCAGGGGAAAUGUGAUUUUAAAAUUGGACACCAUCCAAAGAUGAUGCCAGGAUGACAAAGGAUAUUAUCCUUGCAAGCAGCAUAGUCCCAAAGAUGUGAUCUGAGCCGUUGUUCUUUGCAUGUUUGAUCCCCUUUCUACUCAAAAAUGUGGUCCACAGACCAACAGCAGUGGGGUCCCCUGGGAGCACAUUAGAAAGGCAGAAUUUGGGGCUUCUCCCAGAACCUACCAAAUCAGAACCUGCAUUUGAACAAGAUGUGGUGGUUUCAAAGUAUGUCCACAAA